CAAAGAGGAAAAUCUGUUCCGAGUCCAAACCGGUGCUCAUCACAAGCCAGGAGUUUUUUUUCUUCUAUUUUUUUUCCUUCAUGGGUUCCUACAUGCCGGGCUAAUUGUAUCCUGCUCUGCUUUUAGCCUGGAGGGGGUUCCAGAGCCCCGGAGCGCCACUCUAUCUGCGUGUGUAUUUGUGCUCCGGCUGCCUGUGUCACACUGCCGCACUUCUUACCGGCGAGGAGCGAAAGCAGGAGCGCAAAAAAACUCGCAGGAGGAGCAGAAACGCGCAACUUUUGUAUGUCCGAUGUUUAAGGAAAGCCGCUCCAGCAUGUCCAGGCCGAUGAUCACCAGGUCUCCAGCAUCUCCGCUUAGUAAUCAGGGCAUUCCAACACCAGCGCAGCUCACCAAGUCCAAUGCGCCUGUGCACAUUGACGUGGGCGGCCACAUGUACACCAGCAGCCUUGCCACGCUCACCAAGUACCCAGAAUCCAGAAUCGGGCGUCUUUUCGACGGCACAGAGCCCAUCGUGCUGGACAGCCUGAAGCAGCACUACUUUAUCGACAGGGACGGUCACAUGUUCCGCUACAUCUUAAACUUCCUCAGGACGUCCAAGCUCCUCAUCCCUGACGACUUCAAAGACUUCAGUCUGCUGUACGAGGAGGCGCGGUACUUCCAGCUGCAGCCCAUGUUGGUGGAGCUGGAGCGCUGGCGUCACGAGCGCGAGCUCAACCGGAUCUCGUGUCCCUGUGAGUGCGUGGUAGUGCGCGUGGCCCCCGACCUCGGCGAGCGCAUCACGCUCAGCGGGGACAAGGCCCUCAUCGAGGACAUCUUCCCCGAAAUCGGAGACGUCAUGUGCAACUCGGUCAACGCCGGCUGGAACCACGACUCCACGCACGUCAUCCGCUUCCCACUGAACGGCUACUGCCACCUCAACUCGGUUCAGGUUCUGGAGCGGCUGCAGCAGCGUGGCUUCGACAUCAAAGGUUCGUGCGGCGGUGGCGUGGAUACGUCUCAGUUCAGUGAGUACGUCCUGCGACGAGAACUACGACGGACUCAGCGAGCGCUCCAGACGAACAGGAUAAAACAGGAGCAGCUGGACUAG